AUGCCUAACGCCGGCCAGUGGACAGCGGCUGUCACGAAUGCGCGGCGUGCGUCGCCGGCGAGUCACUCGAGCGAGUCAGCCCGACGCGAAGUGCGAACGGAUGAGAGGCGGCCAUUGGUCGCGUGCACGUGGCCUGAUCUCACACCAUGGCAACGGGGAGCGGCCUCGCCCCGCGACACCCCGCGACCCGCUACAUAUUCGCACAAGGAGUCUGCUUCGAGGCGUAGACGAGCGCUGUCGUUUCGCGCGGAACACUUCCGUACUAUUAUCUACACGAAUAUAGAUCGCGUGCCGGUCGAUAUUCUAAUACAGAAAACGAUCCGACCGCGACGCGAAUUAUUUGUUUAUCGUCGUAAUACGAUUCCAGUGUCAGUGUCGAGUGUCGAAGGCUCACGCCAGAUUCGUGCGAAUCCUUUAGAUCACUCCUGA